CACGUGGGCGCUCCGAGAGCGAACGACACCCGGGAGCGAGUGGAGCCACUGAUGCAACGCUAAAGACCGAACACGCAGCAACAGCGACGGGGCCAGCGAGAUGAAGGAGGCGCACGAGAAGACGACCGUGGGCUCGCCUGGCGCAGGAGGAACACGGCGCUUCGCCUCCGUGCGGGUGUUCCUGCUCUGCCUGUCUCUCCUCUACUUCUCCAAGGCGUUCGCUGGGAGCUACAUGAAGAGCUCCAUCACCUCCAUCGAGCGCCGCUUUGACCUGCCCAGCUCCGUGGCGGGGAUGAUUGACGGUGGAUUUGAGUUCGGGAAUCUUCUGGUCAUGGCCUUCGUGAGCUUCUUUGGCGCGCGCUUCCACAGACCCCGGAUCAUCGCGGUGGGAGCCACGCUCAUGGGCCUCAGCACCCUGCUCAUGGCCAUGCCGCAUUUCUUCAUGGGAAGGUACUCCUAUCAGAGCAUCGUGAGCGGCAACUCGAGCCACGUGCGCGCCGUCUGUGCGCUCGAGCACGAGGGUGGAGGCGAGGGAAAGCUCUUGCCACCAGAGCUCCUCUCGGUCACCUUGGCCGGGGAAGAAACCACGCGGCCUGCACCAGCCGGGUGCGAUAGCGCGAGCAGCUCCUACCUCUGGGUUAUCGUGCUCAUCGGCAAUGCGCUCCGGGGAGUCGGGGAGGCCCCCAUCGGACCCCUGGGCAUCUCCUUCUUCGACGACCACGUGCGCGAGGAGAACACCGCAUUCUACCUCGGCUGUGUCAACACCGUGGGGCUGCUGGGCCCCGCGUUCGGCUUCAUGCUCGGCGCGUUCUGCGCUCGCGUCUUCGUCGACAUCGGCUUCAUCAACAUGGCGGACGUGGCAAUCUCGCCCCGUGAUGCCCGCUGGGUGGGCGCCUGGUGGCUCGGCUUCCUCAUCUCCGGCACCGUGGUGCUGGCCACUGCCAUCCCAUUCUGGUUCUUCCCUCGCUCCAUGGCGCGCGAGGGGGAGCCAGAGCCCCCCGCUACGGGAUCCUCCAAGGAACUAGCAGAUGCCGAACCCCUGUGGGGGCCACCUAAGGGUGACACGCAAGCCCCCGAAUCCGUCGACGUGAAAGCGAUGGCGAAAGAGCUGGGUCCGGCAAUGCGCACGCUGCUGGGGAAUCGCGUGUACGUGUGCAUGAUGGUCACGGCCGUGAUGAACGUGAACGCGAUGGUGGGAUUCUACACCUUCAAGGCCAAGUACAUCGAGCAGCAGUUCGGAGAGACCGCCUCCAAGGCCAACUUCAUGAUCGGUGCCGUGAACAUCCCCGUGGUGGCGCUGGGCAUCUUCGUGGGCGGGAUGAUCAGCAAGAAGCUGAAGCUCACACUGAUGGGCUUCUCCAUCAUGAGCCUGCUCACCGACCUGCCAGCCUACCUCAUCGUGUUCUCCUACUUCGUGUUCGGGUGCAGCGAGGCGCAGGUCGUGGGCCUCACGGUGGACAACAGUGGGGUCCCCAUGGCCACGCGCUCGCUGCUGGGGGAGUCUCUGGUGGAGCCCUGCAACGCGGCGUGCCCGUGCCCCCCAGGGGAGUGGGACCCCGUGUGCGGGGUCAACAACCUCACCUACGUGUCCCCCUGCCUCGCGGGCUGCGCCACCAUGUCCGGCAGCGGCAAGGCCACGGCGUUUGAACAGUGCGCGUGCGUGGGCGGCGCCGCGUGGGGGAACGCCUCGGCCGUGCUGGGGCAGUGCCCGCGAGGCUCCGAGUGUCCCACCGCCUUCCUCCAGUUCAUGGUGGCCUCGGUGCUCGCCUCUCUCGUCGGCUCCAUGGGGUUCACCGCGUCGCAGCUCAUCUUCUUGCGCUGCAUCCCCAAGACGCUGAAGGCGUUCGCCAUCGGGAUCCAGAUGCUCGUGAUUCGCACCCUGGCCGGGAUCCCUGCCCCGAUCUUCUUCGGCGCUGCCAUCGACUCCACGUGCCUCAAGUGGACGAGCAGCGGCUGCAGCGGUCAGGGCUCCUGCCGCCUCUACGACAUCAAAUCCUACAGGUACACAGUGGUGUCCGUGAUGCUGGGGUUCCGCACCACGGCCGUGGCGCUCGCCGUUCUCGUUGUCUUCAACGUGCGGCGACAACUUCGGAGAGAGGCUGCGGACGCGCGGGGCGCAGAGAAAGGCGCGGCGGGGGGCCACGCGGAGCUCCUCACGGUGGCGCGAAGCGACGGGGAUCCCUGCCCCGCCGAGACGGGGGAUGAUCCCCGAUUGAGGGAGCCGCAGAAACUACUGCUGCUGCCUGAAGCUGAUCCCCACAGGGAGACGGUGGUGUGA